UUCUUCCCGGCUCCCCUCUUGCUCGCUCGCGUAAACUUCUCGAGUUGAUGCGGUUGUUUGGUUUUGAUCUGACCUCGGCGUGGUUUUCGGGGAAGCGGGAACGAGCGGUUCUUGUAUGCGUCCCUGGCUUGUGCUUGGUGCGCUGAUGUGUCUUGUUGCGUUGACGAACUACGAUUCGAUGGGAUUGAGCGGGUGAAUCUGUAACUGUAAGGUAAGUGAGAAGAUAAGAUGGUGCAGAAGGAGAUGCCGCAGGCAUGGUGGUUCGACAGCCACAACCUCGCAAGGCCAUCUCCAUGGCUCAACAAUACUCUUUCAGAGCUAGAUGACAAGACCAAACAAAUGCUCAAGCUGAUAGACCAAGAUGCGGACUCAUUUGCUCAACGUGCUGAAAUGUACUACAAGAAGCGGCCUGUCUUGGUGGAUAUGCUCGGUGACCUGUACCGCACGCACCGCUCACUGGCAGGGCAGUAUGACCUGCUGAAGCAUGGCAGCGGCACACGCCAAACGGUGUUUGGCCCGUCCUCCUGCACCCAAAGCCUGUAUCAGGCACCACCCAACGGCAAACCAACAUCUCGGUCCUCGUCCUCUUGCUCAGUCUCCUCCUAUGACUCAGAGUCUGAAGUUGAUGACCCUGAGCAAGAAGAACACGAAGAGGAAGUGCCCGAGGCCAAGACGGAGUCGUCCCAGGGGCAGCAAGAGCAGGUGGAGCUGAUGCGUGCCGAGAUCAAGAGGCUCAAGGAGCAGAACGCCGAGUUGCAGAAGGUGGCUGAAGAGAACGCGGUGCUCAAGGCGGAGCUCGCCGAGAAGGAUGAGGAGAAGAGGGAGGUCAUCAGGCAGCUCGCGUCGUCGUUUGACAUGAUGAGGGAGGCGAAUUCUACCUUGCGUGAGUGCAUCAAGGGAUCGAAGAACUACUCCCCGUCAUCCCGCGCUCUUGAUCUCAAGAAGCUGACCAAGGACUUGUUCUCCGCAAGGCUGUUCACCCACUGCAAGCCUACGGGCCCAAUUGUCGCUCUAUGAGCUUCAUGAUGAAUUUCUUGUAGCUCAUGUGCAGCAUAUAGGAUAGGAUGCCUGUUUCUGCCAUUGUUCAGGUUUAGCAAACUAGACAAGAAGACUCGUUUUAACUAGCGCUUUGCACCUGUAUUUACCGUAGUGGGAUAACCAUAUGAUUAUAUGAACGUUUGUACGAUUGCGUUAAUUAUAGUUAAAUAUUUCUCUUUAUUA